AUGGGUAUCAUUCGCCGCAGGUCUAAAAACUCUCGACUCACUUUGAAAGUACACGCAAUUCAGGCCCACAAUGUAACAAUUGAGAAAUCCGGGUGUAAUCCGAUAUGUCUGGCACUGAGUAAUGGCGCCUUCAGCCGAACUGCUAAGCAGAAAAACACAAGUUCUCCGACAUGGAACCAAGUACUGAAAUUGAAGCUGCCACAGAAGCCCACGUCCCAAUAUCUGAGGGUGGUGGUCUACGACGUUCUUAACAAUGCUGUGGAUAAAUCAGCAUCUGAGAAUAUCCAGGUGCAAUAUGAAGAAUCGCACAAUUUUGACGUUUCGAGCAGGUAUCUAUACUUAGGGGAAAUCAGUCUUUCGCUGCGAGACCUCUUUCGUCGCAAAGACCAACCCACCAGCUACAAAUUUAGUAGCACGACUGCUUGGUAUCCACUGUUCAAUAGAAACACGCUAAAGUUUCAUCACUAUGACAUGCGCAAUGCUCCACCAUCUUUAGCAAUUGGUGAGAUCCAGCUGGCCAUUUCUUUAACGUGCAUGCGAGGGACAAGUUUGAUUAAGGCAUUUAAUGAUUGGCAAACUGCUUUGGUGAUAUCAGAGGACUCUUCGACAAAAGUUAAACACAACAUUAAUGCAUCUAAGGGGAGUUUCUCAGAGCUACCUUCGAGCUCGGCUACCGUCAAAUCUAGCGAUGAAGGUUCUUAUGGUAAUUAUGUAAAUGGGGAAGAUGAUGACGAUGUCACCGAUUUUGAAGAAAUUGUACAAGAGGAACCCGAACAUGAUCAAGAUCUAGAGCAACCAGAUCCUGAUAGCGAUUUUAUUUCUUUGAGACAUCUUGUCGAAGAGUUUGGUGAAGACGACGAGAUCGAGGACAUAAGCUCCACAGAAGAUGAGUUAGAUGGAACCUCCCAGCUGAAUUUGGCAAAGAUGGCGACCGCUCUAGACGAAUACGAUGUGACAAUGCUUCAAUCUGACAAUGAUUUCCCCUCCGAGCAUUCUCAACUGGAGAAUUCUCCAGCUAUUGUAGAAUCUAUCGAUGUUAAGAAAGAGGAGGAUACAUAUUCAAGUGAUGGGAAUCACAGCAAAUAUCUUUCUCUGAUCAAAGCCCCAAGGAGAAGGCCACAUCGUGCUCGCCAGCGCAAAGUGGCACCCACAAACUUUGAGCUUUCGAAGGAAGGCCAUGCCGAUGGUGUGGCAUUCAUGGAUAUUGAAAAUAUUGAAGACCUUCCAACCCUGAAAAACAAGUUUUCCAAAACCUAUCUGAUGGAUCCAUUUGUUGUAAUAACAUUCGGUCGCAGAGUAUUCAAAACAUCAUGGAAGAAACAUACAUUAAAUCCAGUCUACAAUGAACGGCUGGCCUUUGAGAUGUUUUCUAAUGAGUCCAACUUUGAUUUCCAUUUUCGAGUCAUUGAUAAGGACUCUUUUUCAUACCAUGACAAUGUUGCCAGUGCCGAUAUUUCCUGGAGAGAUAUUGUGCUGAAACAAGAAAAUGACAGUGAAGAGGAAUGGACCCCAGUCAGGGUUCCAUUGCAUUUCAGUGAAUCGAUCGACUCCACAGAUUCUAAUCCCGUGCUAAAUAUCAAAUUCAAGUUCAUCACAUACUCAGAACUAAAGAAACAUUUUUGGGAGAGAGCACUUCAAAAGCUAUCCAAUCUGGAGUCAUUUGAUGUUGUAGAUGUGAAUCUUUUAAUGGAGAAGCUGGGUACGUUUUCCAAUGAUGAUAUUGAUGAAUUUUUCCACUUCUUCAAAAAAUCACCUUGGUCGCAGGACAAACUAAGCAGGGAGCAAGUAGUGACCUAUUUGCGGUCUGCAAAUACCUUUACAGGCUUCAAGGCAUUAAAGAGAUGUCCACUAUGCGCUCGCCGCUGUAAGAGCACAAGAAAUACUACCAAUUCUAAGCUGAUCCUAGAGAAUGACUUAAUCACGCAUUUGUCCAUUUGCUCCUCAAAGGGUAGUAAGAAAAGGAUGCUCAAGCCUUCAUAUGUGUCGUCCGCUUUUGCAACUAAAAGGUGGUUUUCUAAAUUUCUAAUCAAGCUCACCUAUGGGAAAUAUGCUUUGGGCUCCAAUAACGCUAAUAUUUUGGUUCAAGAUAGAGAUUCAGGAAUUGUUUUGGAGGAAAAGAUCAGUGCACAUGUGAGGCUAGGGAUUCGGGUCAUCUACAAUGCCAAGGGAAAGGAGUCAAAGAAAUUCAAAAAUUUACUCAAAAAUUUGUCGGUAAAGCAAGGUAAAAAGUUUGAUAGCCCUGCCUCGGUAAGACAAAUUGUGCCCUUUAUCAAGUUUCAUUCAUUAGAUAUCUCUGAAUGUGAAGAGACGGUUUAUCAAACUUUUAACGAGUUUUUUUACAGAAAGCUCAAACCUGGCAGCCGUGCUCCGGAAGUCGCGGAGCCUGAGAUACUGUUGUCUCCAGCAGACUGUAGAAGCACGGUGUUUUCCAGCAUAAAAACAUCAACGGAAAUUUGGAUUAAGGGAAGAAACUUCUCACUCGGAAAACUUACCGGGGGGUAUCAUCCGGAGAUUUUUAAUGACGCUUCUUGUAGCAUUGGUAUUUUUCGUCUUGCUCCUCAGGAUUAUCAUCGCUUCCAUUCUCCGUGCAACGGUUUGAUCGGUAAACCAAUGGAAAUAUCAGGAGAAUAUUACACAGUCAAUCCAAUGGCUGUAAGAACAGAGCUGGACGUUUUUGGCGAGAACGUAAGGCUGGUGCUUCCAAUCCACUCCAAAGAGUUCGGGACUGUUUUAUUUAUAGCAGUUGGAGCAAUGAUGGUUGGCUCGAUUCUUCUGACCUGCGGAGAAGGCGAUUCGAUAGAGAGAGGGCAAGAGCUUGGCUACUUCAAAUUUGGCGGCUCUACCAUUUUGCUGGUCAUUCCCUCACAAAAUGUCCAAUUCGACACAGAUUUGUUGCUGAACUCUAGUGAGCGUAUUGAAACCUUGGUUAAGGUUGGUAUGAGCAUCGGACAUACCCCUUCUGUGAAAGAACAUAAACGUGAAAAGCAUUUACCAUCAAAGCAAGAAGAUAUUGACAGAAUCAAACGAACGAUUUCAGUGUCGGAUAAUGCUGCUGACCAGCUAAAAAAUGUAAGCUGGGAAUUCCGCGAAUUGCAAAGGAGCUGCGAGAGCCGGCAAAACUCUGAUGAUGUAGAAGAACUGACUGAUCCUACUGACGCCGUCAACGAUCUCGACCUGUCCAGCAUUAUUUCCAUCUAG